UCAGAGUCAAGUCAGCCUUUGUACGUGUUAUCGAGAGCGGGUGCAUGCGGUCCGAGGGCCCUGGAGCUCGUACUCCCACCUACACUUCAGGCUGGUGUUGGAUUUCCCAGUUUACGGAUCGUGAGGCAAAGUCUGAGCAGGAGUCUCAUGUAGCUCACUGUCUGCGUUAGCCUCCGUGUUCCCAGCACGGAGGAUCGGCGAGAAUCACUGUCUGCUUAUCGGGCCAGCAACAGCUUUAAGAUAAGUACCGCCGAAAUUUGAAGGACCCGCACAUCCUACGUCGCCUGGAGUCGAGCGAAUUGUACGAUGGUACAGAGAUCGUCGGUAGGGGAAGUCCGUAGCUUAAGGAGCUUGAUUGUGGACGCUCUCGUCAUUCUGUCAGUGAUUGCUCAAAGUCCGAGAGCUGGUUCGAAGCCGGUGCAGGGGAACAGAGGAGAUGAAUAUCUAGCACUCAUUGAGGACAGUGUCCAGAAGCUUGCCGAUAAGCUCGCGGAGAUUUAUCCGUCAGAAUGCGAUGCAGAUGAUCCAGAGCCUUGUGGCUUGUGCACACAAGACGAAUGCCGUCCUCUGAAUGGCAGCCCCGUUUGUGCCAACGUGACUAGAAAUCCGCGGUGCAACGCGUAUUAUCCCGGUUGUCCUUCUUCGAUACGGGUCACAAGGGAACGGAGUGGCUUGGCAUAUCCGAGGGAAAGUAUCGAUGCUCUCCCGGACCGAGCUCAGACUCGGACCAUUUGUAGAACACAGGGACUCGAUGCCACCUUCAUGGAGCUUUUCGAGCGGAAUCCCCAUUUCGCGGACUACUACGUUGGCUUCCCUGAUGGAACCCGUCGAAGCUACCCCGGAAGAGAAGAGGCGGACGAGAACUCGCUCUAUUCGUGCACGUCUUAUGAUUGCAGGAAGCGCCCGUGGUACAACUCCGCCAUCAGCAAUCAAAAUCACCUCGUGAUUUUGGUGGACUCCAGAAAAGUCCCCCUGGAUCCAUCCUUCACCGAAAGCGGGGACACGCUGAGCUUGGCCAAACAGUACGCCAAAGCUCUUCUCGAUACGGUGUACUACGAAGACCGAAUCAAUGUCGUGCCUUUCGAUUCAAACCCGAAGGCUAAAGCUCUGAAAAGCUCUUCAGUCGUCGUAGGAUUCAACGAUACAGAUCCGCAGAAUCACGCGGAGCUGACCGGUUUGAGGAGGAAGAUCGAUGAAAUACUUCCGGCUGAAGAUGACGUGAGGCUGACAUCCUCCAACUUGACAAGCGGACUGCAAGAAGCCCUGGGGCUUUUCGCUGCGGCGGAGACGGCCGACAAGAUGACCAAGAACGUCAUCGUUUUCACCAACGGCGACAUUUUGCACGACGAGGCACUGAACGAAACUCUCGACGAGAUCUCCAGCAGCCUCGUCAGACUCUUCAUUUUCAGUAUCAAGAGCUCCAAGAGCACCGACGAGAACCUUCAGAUUCUCAGUGCUCUGGCUGACAGAACACGCGGAAUUCAUGUCACCCUGGCGAGCACUCGGAACCCGCUCUACCAAAUUCGCUCGUACUUCGGUUACCAGGCCUUGAUGCAGAAGCUCUCGGGUCGUUCCAUGCCUUUCUGGACACCCGCGUACGCAGAUUACUACGACAUCGGAAAAAUCAUUACAGUCACGGUACCAGCAUUCUCCACGACGGUUCCAACGAGGUUCAUCGGAGUGGCGGCCAUUGACGUCCUGUAUAUGGAGAUUGGAGACAUCAAGAAUGACUUCCAACGAGCUUUGUAUAAUCGUCCAUCUCAGAAAGGUGUAAUUGACAAAAUGAUAUUCGACUCCACGAGACCCUACGAAGAUGAAUUUGGUGACUCGUGUAUCGACUUGACGACGGAUGCGAGUGCAAUGGCGAUGUGCAAGACAGAGAAACAAAUCGAUCCAACACAGAACUUUCUCGAUCGCUUAUGUUGUGACAAUUGUGCCGGAUCAGAGAGCAAGCCCAGACUUUGGAUCUAUGUUGUCAGUAUAGUAAGCGGUGUUCUCAUUCUGUCUUUGGUUGGGAUUAGUGUAUGUGUUUAUGUAAAGAGAAGGUCACCGGCUCCGAAGAUUGAAACCGACUCCAGUCUUCAUGAUGGCAGUUCUCAAGGGAUACUUCCGAGACAAGAUUCAGGCAAGGCCGCUAAGAGGAUGGUCAACGACAACAUGCAGGGUGGGACACCGCACAGAAUACAUCAAACUCUCUCCAGACUCUGCGUGGAGAAACUCCCAGAGCCGAAUGCGAAGUUGUAAAAACGUGGUAGAUUAGUGCACAGCGAAUGCCUGACGGUUUUUCCAUGUUUGUGGACCGUGUCCAUCGUUUUUAUCGACGCUCAUUUGUGUCCGUGUGUAAUUAAGCUUCUGAGCAGUAUCAGUUAGUUACGAGAUUUUUUUCAAUCGUUGGAUACAUUAUUCAUCCACGACUUCUACUUAUAGGUUGAAAUCAAGAGGUCAGACCUCCUGAUUCCUACUAGAUACAUUUUUGUUACCAAUAACUAGGAGCACUGAAGGGUGUACAUUUCGGUUGUGGCUAGUGAGUGUCUUUGGACCUCUUCCAUGGCUUCACUGUGCAUCACGGUGCAGGGAGAGUGCAUUUCCAAUUCAUAUCGACUGAUGCAAUCCGCAAUCUCUGCUCUGCUGCAGUGUUUAUGAACGAUAAUACUUUCAUGUAGGAAGGUGCAAGCUUCAAGACUUUAUUGCAAGGUGGUAAGAGAUUUGCACUUUUGUGCUUCUGGGCAGUGAUGUGAUGUGCGAGUGUUCUAGAUGACGACGAGCUGUGCAUCAUGGUGAUGCUGAGGUUUGACCAACUGGUUUCCUGCCUGCAAGUCACUGGCUUCGUGUCUCCUUGCCACCUUGUUCAUUAACACCUCCGACUAACCUUCGUGAAGGCGACACUCGGACGAAUUU